AUGACGGAUGGAGUAUUAUACCGUUAUACACCGACGGAAGAUGCCGAAGAAGCUCAAUGGGUCGUUCCGGAAUGCGCUAUAAAACGUAUACUGUACGAGAAUCACGACUCUCCAAUGGCUGGACAUUACGGGGUGGAAAAGACACUAAAACGAAUAACAAACAAGUAUUAUUGGCCAGGAAUGCGGAAAGUAGUCACUGAUCACGUGAAGAAAUGUGUCGAAUGCGAGAGGUACAAACCGACAAAUCUAAAACCCGCCGGACUCCUAAGAACGCCAGCCGCGACCAGAAGAUUCGAAGUCCUAGCCAUGGAUCUAUUCGGACCCCUACCAACUACGGAGGAAGGAUUACAAUGGAUAUUUAUUAUCGAAGACGUAGCAACAAAGUGGGUUGAGCUGUUCCCUCUGAAGCGAGCCACUGCAGAAGCAUGCGCCAGAACCCUCGUCGACGAAGUAAUGCUCAGAUAUGGGGUUCCACGCCGAAUAAUUUCAGACAACGGGCCGCAAUUCGUGGGAGCAGUAAUGCAACAAGUAUCACUUUGCUUAAAUUUCGACCAAUCACUAACCCCUGUGUAUCAUCCAGAGGCGAACCCCGUGGAGAGAAAGAACAGAGACCUAAAAGUACAACUCUCCAUCCUCGUCGGGAAGUCUCAUAACCAAUGGGCCUCUAAGCUACCUUCAAUCAGAUACGCUAUGAAUACUAGCGAAUCGCUAUCGACAGGAAAAACUCCCGCAUAUCUGACUUUCGGGAGAGAAAUGCGCAACCCGGGUGAAGUACAACGCGACCUGAGAGAGAUCGUGAUCGGAGAAAACUUCAUAUCGGAACUGACGCCAUAUUUACUAAAAAUAGCAGACACAAUGAAGGAAGUCACCGAAAUCCACGAACGCGAACAGGAUAGGCAUAAGAAAUACACAGACGAGAAGAGAAGACUGCAGCCACAGCAACAACAUCAGCCGCCAUUGCAGCAACAAGAACAGAUGCAACAAUUGCCGGCACAACAGCCAAGUCGAUUGUUAGAGCUGCGGCAACAAAUUUUUAUAUUGCGGCAAGAGCUCCGCCGAGAGGCAGGCCACCCUUACCGAGGUGGCAGUCGUGGUCGUGGCCGUGGCCGUGGCCGUGGCCGUGGUCAUCGAGAUAACUAUAAGCUAUAUGAGCUGAAUUUCGAAAACGACGAAGAGGCAUCCGAUACCAUACAGCUAAGCUACGCAAACGCACUGCGAGACGAUGAGGCACACGCUCUUUCCACGAGUCAACGGAAAGAACUUAAUGAAGUCCUAAAGGAAAACGAAGACAUCUUUGCACAAGGAGGAGUGCCAACUCCUUACGCUGAACACGCCAUAGACACCGGGGAUGAAGCGCCCGUGGCUGUCCCCCCAUACCAAAUGUCACGCUCCAAAAAGGAAAUAUUAGAAAAAGAAAUCAACGCCAUGCUGGAGGCAGAUGUUAUUGAAGAGUGCGAAUCUCCAUGGGCCGCUCCUGUGGUACUAAGACCGAAAAGCGACGGUACGGUACGUGUCUGCAUUGACUAUCGACGUUUAAAUGAUAUCACGAAGACAGACUCGUAUCCGAAGCCUAGGAUCGAUGAAUUACUACACCAUGCGAAAAGGACCCUCUUCAUGUCUACUAUCGAUUUACGAUCGGGAUACUGGCAAGUAAACGUCAAGCCAAGUGACCGAGACAAAACAGCCUUCACGACACCGUUUGGCACCUUCCGAUUCAAACGAAUGCCUUUUGGUCUCAAGAAUUCCGGAGCUACAUUCCAAAGAAUGAUGGAUCAAUUUAGAAGAGGACUAAAAGAGACCAUGGUAUUAGUGUAUUUGGACGAUAUAAUCGUCAUUUCGUCCAGUUUCGAAGAACACGUGAAGGACUUACAACGAAUUUUCGAACGUCUACGUGAAUUCAAGCUACGAGCCAAAAGGGAGAAGUGCAAUUUCGCUCGCUCAGAAGUCAAGUUCCUAGGGCACGUCAUCACAGCCAACGGCAUCCACACAAACGACGAAAAGGUCAAGGCCAUUUUAGAUCUCCCUGCGCCAAAGAAUGUUGUAUGUCUGCUGUAG